CCGGGCCGGUGACGGCGGACGCCCAUGGACGCCCCUGAGGAGCCGCAGCCGCCGGUGAUCUACACCAUGGAGAACAAGCCCAUCGUCACCUGUGCUGGAGAUCAGAACUUAUUUACCUCUAUUUAUCCGACGCUUUCCCAGCAGCUUCCCAGAGAGCCGAUGGAAUGGAGAAGGUCCUAUGGCCGGGCUCCAAAGAUGAUUCACCUAGAAUCUAACUUUGUUCAGUUCAAAGAGGAGCUGCUGCCCAAAGAAGGAAACAAAGCCCUGCUCACCUUCCCCUUCCUUCACGUUUACUGGACGGACUGCUGCGAUACUGAAGUGUAUAAAGCUACAGUCAAAGACGACCUUACCAAGUGGCAGAAUAUUCUGAAAGCUCAUAGCUCUGUGGACUGGCUCAUAGUGGUCGUUGAAAAUGAUGCCAAGAAAAAAAACAAAACCAACAUCCUUCCCCGAACUUCCAUUGUGGACAAAAUAAGGAAUGAUUUUUGUAAUAAACAGAGUGACAGGUGUGUCGUGCUCUCCGACCCCCUGAAGGACUCUUCUCGAACUCAGGAAUCCUGGAAUGCCUUCCUGACAAAACUCAGGACUUCGCUUCUUAUGUCUUUUACCAAAAACCUCGGCAAGUUUGAGGAUGACAUGAGGACCUUGAGGGAGAAGAGGACGGAGCCAGGCUGGAGCUUCUGUGACUAUUUCAUGGUCCAGGAAGAACUUGCCUUCGUAUUCGAGAUGCUGCAGCAGUUUGAGGACGCCCUGGUACAGUACGACGAGCUGGACGCCCUGUUCUCCCAGUAUGUCGUCAACUUCGGCGCUGGCGAUGGUGCCAACUGGCUGACUUUCUUCUGUGAGCCGGUGAGGAGCUGGAACGGGCUGAUCCUCCGGAAGCCCAUCGACAUGGAGAAGCGCGAGCUGAUCCAGAGGCAGGAGGCCACGCUGCUGGACCUGCGCAGCUACCUGUUCUCUCGCCAGUGCACCUUGCUGCUCUUCCUGCAGAGGCCGUGGGAGGUGGCCCAGCGCGCCCUGGAGCUGCUGCACAGCUGCGUGCAGGAGCUCAAGCUCUUGGAGGUGUCCGUCCCACCCGGCGCUCUGGACUGCUGGGUGUUCCUCAGCUGCCUGGAGGUGCUGCAGAGGAUCGAAGGCUGCUGCGACCGCGCACAGAUCGACUCGAACGUCGCCCACACGGUGGGCCUGUGGAGCUACGCCACCGAAAAGCUAAAGUCCUUGGGCUACCUGUGUGGCCUUGUGUCAGAGGAAGGCCCUAACUCAGAGGACCUCAACAGGAUUGUUGAUCUUUUGGCAGGUUUGGGAGCUGAGCGACCCGAAACAGCCGACACAGCUCAGAGUCCUUACAAGAAGCUCCGAGAAGCGCUGUCGUCGGUAGAAGCUUUUGAGAAGCACUACUUAGACCUGUCCCACGCCGCCAUCGAGAUGCACACGAGCGUCGGGAGGACCCGCUCCGCCAGGCUCGUCGGGAAGGACCUGGCCGAGUUUUACAUGAGGAAGAAGUCUCCGCAGAAGGCAGAAAUCUAUCUUCAAGGAGCACUGAAAAAUUACCUGGCCGAGGGCUGGGCUCUCCCGAUCACUCACACAAGGAAGCAGCUCGCCGAAUGUCAGAAGCAUCUCGGACAGACUGAGAACUACCUUCAGACCAGUAGCCUUUUGGCCAGCGACCACCACCUGACGGAGGAGGAGCGGAGACACUUCUGCCAACAGAUACUCAGCUUUGCCAGCCGCCACACAGACAGCCCAGGUCAGAAGAUCGUACUCCCUCUGCAUUGUUUCGCACACCUGCAAGAUCUGCAUUUUACCCCGUCCAACGCCGUGGUCCACGUGGGCGGCGUUCUCUCCGUGGACAUAACCUUGUGCAGCCAGAUGCCCAUCCCCGUCCGCGUGGAGCAGAUCGCCAUCAACGUCCACUUCAGCAUCGAGAAGAACAACUACCGGAAGACGGCCGAGUGGCUCACCAAGCACAAGAUGGCCAACGGGGUCAUUACUUUUCCAGCGGAGACCUCGCCCCUCCCCGCCACCCAGAACAACUCGCCAGCACUGGAGCUGUACGAGAUGUUCGAGAGGAGUCCCUCUGACAAUUCCUUGAACACGACAGGGAUCAUAUGCAAAAAUGUCCACAUGCUGCUGAGAAGGCAGGAGAGCAGCACUUCUCUGGAGACACCCUCAGGCGUGGCUCUGGAGGACGGGGCCCACGUGCUCAAAUGUAGUGACGUGACCCUGGAGCCGGGGCCCAACAGGAUAACGUUCAGGACGCAGGCCAAGGAGCCCGGAACAUACACGCUGCGGCAGCUGUGCGCCUCGGUGGGCCCGGUGUGGUUCGUGCUGCCGCACCUCUACCCGCUGGUGCAGUACGACGUGUACUCGCAGGAGCCGCAGCUACACGUGGAGCCGCUGGCCGAUAGCCUUUUGGCUGGUAUUCCUCAGAAGGUAAAGUUCACUGUCACUACGGGCCAUUAUACGGUAAAAAACGGCGACAGCCUCCAGCUGAGCAACGCAGAAGCCAUGCUCAUCCUGUGUCACGCGGAGAACAGAGCAGUGAUCUACUCCAACACGAGAGAAAAGGCUUCUGAUGUGUUGCUCCGGGUCCAGUCGUCUGACAAGGUCACGAGCAUCAGUCUGCCCGCUGCUCCUGCGUACCACAUGAUUGAAUUUGAACUGGAAGUUCUGUCUUUACCUUCAGCUCCAGUAACCGGAGGAGAGAGCAGCACGCUGGGGACGACAGAGCCCCACAGGAAGCAUAAGGACACACCCAGAGCCGGCCACUGCAUGGCUACCACGGACCACAAAGUGUCCAUCGACUGCCCGUGGUCCAUCUACUCCACCGUCAUCGCUCUGACCUUCAGCGUGCCCUUCCGGACCACGCACUCGCUUCUGUCCGCCGGGACACGGAAGUACAUUCAGGUGUGUGUCCAGAAUUUGUCGGAACUUGACUUUCAGCUGUCGGACGGUGACCUUGUGGACCCCGGCUGCAGUGCUGACGUGCAGCUCGUGCCUCUGAAUGCCCAGUCCCCACAGGCCAUCCACAGCAAGCAGUCCGUGUUCUUCGUGUGGGAGCUGCUGUGGGCGCGGGAGCCCCCCCCUUCUCUGCGCUGUCGCUUCUCCAUUGGAUUCUCCCCGGCUUCUGAAGGACAGCUCUCGGUCCCCUUAAAGCCCUACACGUACGAAUUUCAAGUGGAAAAUUUUUUUACGUUAUAUAACGUGAGAGCGGAGAUCCUCCCCGCCGCGGGCACGGAGCACUGUCGGACGGGCUCGCUCUGCUCGCUGGAGGUGUCCAUCACGCGGCUCUCGGACCUCUUGGAGGUGGACAAGGACGAAGCGCUGAUGGAGACCGACGAGUACUUUUCGACCAAGCUGAUGUACGAAGUGGUCGACAACAGUAGCAACUGGGCAGUCUGCGGGAAGAGCUCUGGCGUCAUCUCCAUGCCCGUGGCCGCCCAGGCCACGCACCGCGUCCACAUGGAGGUGAUGCCCCUCUUCGCGGGCUACCUCCCCCUCCCCGACGUCAGGCUGUUUAAAUACCUCCCCCACCACUCGGCGCACUCCUCACAACUGGACGCCGAUAGCUGGAUAGAGAGUGACAGCCUGUCGCUGGACAAGCACCUGGACGACCAGCCAGACGGCGGCGUCAGGAGCCGGGGCGGCGCGCACCCGGCCUCCAGCGGCGAGCACAAAGGCCUGCCCAUGCCCCGGCUCCAGGCGCUGCCGCAGGGCCAGGUCUUCAACUCAAGCUCGGGCACGCAGGUCCUGGUCAUCCCCAGCAAAGACGACCACGUCCUCGAAGUCAGCGUCACAUGACCGCGCCUCGGGCCCGCACACGCCCCCGCCGGGUGUGGGCGCACCGGAAGGGAUCCUGGCUCCAUUGCUCUCUCCAUCGUGACAUUCUAGCGCUACCCGGACUCGCGGUGCUUCUGCCUGGCCACGGAAGCAUCGGAGGAUUUUCAGCGUGCGGCCGGUCGGCUGUGUUCCAGCGUCAUUUUUGUGUUGUCCAUGCUGUAAGAGGACUCGUUGCUCUCUCCUGUCCCCAUCCCUGGGUCCCUUUGUUGGCGUCCUGCGGUGUCUGCCCAGAGCCCUGCCCCUCCCUGCACCCUCACCUGGCCGCCUCCCCGUGUCCUGGUUCCUCAUGGAGUCCGUGUGCCUUCCAGGGAGACACACGGCAGGCCCUGCCGUCUUAGUCAUCACACGUGUGUGCCUUCCUGGUCACACGGCUGCCCUCUGGAUUCCAGUCCAGGUGGAUUUGUGAGUCUCCUGGGGGUUGAAACACCAUCUUUUACCCGAGAUACGUAGUGAUUUUCUAUUUCUAGAAAUGUUAGGGCAGGUCAGUGAGGCUGAGGGCUGGGUGGGGAGGGAACGGAAGGACCCCCCUUCUGUGCCUUGGGGUGGCCCACUGGGUGGACCUGGAGCCUCCGUUAGCUGGAGCCAUCUUAAAGCUACUGGGGGAAGACGAGACCAGGGCCUAAGGGACAACUUGGCAUUGAACUAGUUUAGGAACAAGCGUUCCUGGAACCCCUGUUCCCCAUGAUGUUGACUGAAUGUCAAGAUGCACUUGAAAUUAAAUAUGUAUUUAUUUUAAUUACCAUUAUAUAUGUGGGGGGUGAUACGUUGUUUUCUCUCACCUUUAAAUGUUGACAUGUCAUCGUCACUGUGCGAUCAGGAUGUUUCUUCUGCACCUUAAGUCCUACACAUUGAGAGGCUCCAUUUCAGGGGGACUGGGGGGGCGGCCCUCUCAGUGUGCUUCUAGUUUGGUUGUGGGAAGGACGAAAAGUCUUGGAAUACUCUCUGCCGGUCCACUAAAAUCGCAGUCACGCCAUACCAAUGGGUUAAUUUGCUUUUGGUUGUAAAUUUAAUUGUACAUAUGGUUGAUUUAUUAUUUUUAAAAGUACAGACUAACGGAUGUAAUGUUUAUGUAUAAGUUGCACCAAAAAUCAAGGAGAAAAUAAAUGUGUGUUUGUUUUUACUGGUGUGAGAGUCACAGCUUGUAAAUACGUGUUGGGUGUAUGGAACCCUUUCCAGCUCUCCAGAGCAAUGUAUUUUUGUACAUAAGAAAUAGAGAACUCUUACUUCCCUGGGAAAGUGUGCUUGGAAUCGAGCGGAGCAGACUGAUCGAGCGAGCGUAGUCAGGUCUGACAGAGGUCGGGGCGACCUCAAGCAUGUGAGCCCCAGAGGAAAGGGACCUUCGCAGCCGCUGGUGCCACCGGUCCUGCCGGUCGCCGGCGGGAGAGGCCAGUGUGGCGGCGCGGCGGGGAGCUGGGGCCACGGGGCGGCUCGGGGUACACAGAGCGGCUGAGUGCACCCUUCUGUGUUCUGUCUUUCCACUCCCUCAACAAAUGAGGUGGUGUGAGUCCCCACACCCCGCCCCAUGUCUUUUUCAUUUACAGAAAUUGGAAACGUGUAAAGAAGACGAAUAUUGGUGUGUUUAAUUAAACCGUUCAGAAAACUAUCUUCCUUAGGUGCACUUUAAAACUAAUCGACUUGGUCAACUAGUUAGGCAAAUUAGAACUUCAGAAUCUAAUGAUAGAUAGGUUAGGGUUUCUCAAAUAAACUUGUUUUGUUGUAAAAAUUGACGAUGGCCUCCAGACCGGCCAAGCCCUUUGAGUGAGGAGAACUUUGAGAUUUGAUUUUGGCAGAAAAGGCUCACACUGAGUAUCAUGUGGCUUUCCCUCUCCCCCUGGGGGGGAGGGGCGGGGGAGGGGUGAUUCGAUGGUUACCUUGUUUCUAUUUGAUUUUUUUGUGUCUGGGUUCUAACCCCAGACGAAAUCCUCUCUAGCUACAUAACAUACUCGGGAAAAAAUGGAGAAAUC